AUACAUUAAGGAUAAAACCAUUUUUAACUACCACUAGAAUUUUAAUCCCCUAUGAAAGUAUAUAAGUACGUGCUUAUAUACUUUCAUGAGAGUAGAGACCAUCCACCACCACAUCCAUGGCUUCCUCUGUGAUCCGUUUCUUCAAAAUUGUUCUCAGACAUAGCCUUGAAGAUGGAAAGCUUAUGAUACCAAUAACGUUCAGUAUGAAAUAUGGUCGCGGUGUUCCAAAUCCAGUGUAUCUGAAGCUUCCAGAUGGCACUGCAUGGAAGAUGGAUUGGUCUGAGUCUGAUGGUGCGAUUCAAUUUGAAAAUGGUUGGAAAGAAUUUGCUUCAUAUUACUCUUUGGAUCAUGGCCAUUUGCUGUGGUUUGAGUACAAUCAAACUUCUAACAUUGAAGUACACAUUUUUGACAAGACUUGCCUUGAAAUAGACUAUCCUUCCGUGGAUCACAUCAGCGAUGAUGAUUCGAUUGAGAUCUUGAAUGAACUGCCGCCACGAGGCUGGCCGAGGAAAACAAAGAAAGCAGCACGAAAGACACCAUCUCCUUCCACAAGUAAAAUGUUCACAAGUUCUGCCAACACUAAAGUAGUGAAAUGCUGCCCUGAAAGAAACUAUCCUUCCAAGGACCACAUUGGUGAUGACAACAUGGUUAAGGUUGAGAAUGAACCGCCGCGAAGAGGCCGAGGCCGGCCGAGGAAAACAGAGAAAGCAGCAGCAAACACAGCAUCUCCUUCUACAAGCAAAAUGUUCACAAGUUCUGCCAAGACUAGAGCAGUGAAACGGUGCCCUGAAACAGACUAUCCUUCAAGAAGAGGCCGAGGCCGACCGAGAAAAACAGAGAAAGCUGCACCAAAGACACCAUCUGCUUGUACAAGUAAAAUGUUCACAAGUUCUGCCAAAACUAGGUGCCCUGAAAUAGACUAUCCUUCCAAGGACCACAUUGAUGAUGCCAACAUGGUUAAGGUUGAGAAUGAACCGCCACGAAGAGGCCGAGGCCGGCCGAGAAAAACAGAGAAAGCAGCACCAAAGACACCAUCUCCUUCUACAAGUAAAAUGUUCACAAGUUCACCAAGAGGCCGAGGCCGGCCGAGGAAAACAGAGAAAGCAGCACCAAAGACACCAUCUCCUUGUACAAGCAAAAUGUUCACAAGUUCUGCCAAAACUAAAGAAGUGAAAUGGUGCCCUGAAAUACACUAUCCUUCCAAGGAUCACAUUGAUGAUGACAACAUGGUUGAGAAUGAACCGCCACGAAGAGGCCGAGGCCGGCCAAGGAAAACAGAGAAAGCAGCAUCAAACACACCAUCUCCUUGUACAAGCAAAAUGUUCACAAGUUCUGCCAUGACUAGAGUAGUGAAAUGGUGCCCUGAAAUAGACUAUCCUUCACGAAGAGGCCGAGGCCGACCGAGAAAAACAGAGAAAGCAGCACCAAAGACACCAUCUUCUUGUACAAGUACAAUGUUCACAAGUUCUGCCAAAGCUAGAGGAGUGAAAUGGUGGCGUGAAAAAGACUAUCCUUGCAAGGACCACAUUAAUGAUGACAACAUGGUUAAGGUUGAGAAUGAACCGCCACGAAGAGGCCGAGGCCGGCCGAGAAAAACAGGGAAAGCAGCACUAAAGACACCAUCUGCUUGUACAAGUAAAAUGUUCACAAGUUCUGCCAAAACUAGGUGCCCUGAAAUAGACUAUCCUUCCAAGGACCACAUUGAUGAUCACAACAUGGUUAAGGUUGAGAAUGAACCGCCACGAAGAGGCCGAGGCCGGCCGAGGAAAAAAUUGAAAGCAGCAGCAGAAGUAUCAUCUCCUUCUACAAGUAAAAUAUUGAUGAGUUCUGUCAAAACUGGAGAUGUAGAGAAGGCCCCUGAUAAACAAAACUGGAUGCAGUGUUGCAAGAAUGAAGCUAGUCAAUCUGAAUGAAGAAUGCAGUGUUGCAGUGUUGAAAGCAGCGUACGCAUAUAUUCCAAAUAAAAUAUUUUACAUAUGGUGUAUUGCAUUUCAUGUAACUAUGCAUUAAAUAUCUUAUUGUUCUUAGGCUGUGUUUAAAUUUCGUUCAAAUGAAUAAAAAUUACUGUGUUGUUUGAAGCUUGAACUUAGCUACAAGUAACUUUUAUGCAAAUUUUUAUGGUGUACAUGUAAAGUUGUUCAAGAGGCAAUGAAGUUCAAGUCAAAUAA